AUGAGUCGAGUUUCAUUUAAACCAAUGGAGAAGACUACGUUGUGGUCCGAUAAGCUCAAACAAGAAGGAAAAGAGGUUCCCGUGGACUUAAAGGUGUAUGAAUCGAUGAUUCAAAAGGACAUCAAGUUUAGAGCUCGGAAUGCCAGACAGAUGGAGUUGAAUAAGAAAAUGACAGAAGACUUGCUACAUGAUGCCAGGUCGUAUAAUGAAAUCAAACAGCUAAGAAUGAACGCAAUCUCAUUAUCACAAAAGGGGCAGUUUAACAACAGUAUAUGGGGAGAAGGUUAUCAGGGAUAUGGCAACGGGAUAACCAAUGUAUCGACCCAACUCCUCCUACCAGAUGGAAGGAAACUUAAUAAACGGGUUCCUGAGAGCCAUAAAACCGAACGGGAGACUAACAAGGAGUUGCUCGAUAUGUUACUUAAAACUCCUAAGAGAAACUUGGUUCCUAUAAGGCUUGAUAUUGGAGAACUGGAGAAUAAAUUCAAAUUAAGAGAUACGUUUUUGUGGGACUUGAACGAAAAGGAUAUCAAUAUAGAUCAGUUUGUGGAUGUCCUAUUAGACGAUUAUAAAUUUAUUGAUAGAAGUGUCGACUCUUUCAUCGUCAAGAGCAUUAAAGAUCAGAUUGAAGACUAUAACAGAGAACCAGAUAAAGCCAUGGGAGAACUUAGAAUCCCCAUUAAGAUCAAUAUCACCGUAAACAAUACCCAGUACACCGAUCAGUUCGAAUGGGAUAUUUUGAACUUUGAAGAUAAUGAUCCAGAAGAGUUCUCAGUUGUGUUAUGUGAUGAAAUGAACUUGCCAGGAGAAUUUGCAACGGCUAUUUCCCACUCGAUCAGAGAGCAAACCCAAAUGUUCCACAAAUCUUUGAAUUUGGCUGGAUAUACAUUUGAUGGACUGCCAGUGAAUGAAGAUGAAAUUAGAAACCAUCUCCUUCCUCCCUUAAGACUUGUAUCAAACGAGGGUGGUGGAUUUGGCCCUUUAGUGGAUGACUACUUUUCGAUCCUUAGAAACCCCACCAAUGUCAAUGAUUAUACCCCAUCUCUUAUAAAGUUGACCCAAUUGGAGAUUGAGAGACUCGAUAAAGAAAUGGAGAGAGAAACCAGACACAAAAGACGACAAAACAAUGAGCUUCAGAGUCUUUCAACUGGUGGUAGAGGCACUUCUAGAAGAGCCGCUUAUGCUCCAAGAGGUGGACCUACUCUUCCUGAUUUGUCAGACAUCCCAAAGACAUUCAGAACGGCCCAACCAUCCAGUGUGUUGCCAGGAGGAGUAGAUUUGGGGGUUCCUGACAUCUUUGCGUACAAUGAAGUGAUUGUGCACAAAACCAAUAUUCCAAAUCCUGAUUAUAAGGCUCCUCAGUCCAAAAUACAUAGAGUCGUUUUCAAUCAUGAUGAGAACAACGGCCGAUUCCUUGUGAAAAUCAAGUUAGGGCCUCCACCAGGAGUAAAUCCUUAUCAAAUGGCACCAGGCCAAUAUGGUGCCAUGGGCCAUCUCAAUCAGACUAGACACCGUUAA